CGCGGAUUGCGAGAAGCAGCAGGAAGGAUUACCUGCCCAGUGCGGGACGAGUGAAAUAUUUGCAUUUUAACCACAAAGAGGCAAAGCUGGUACCGCCCUUAACACCCUCCCUCCGGAAGUGCCCCUCUGUGACGGUCGGCGGAAUUUGUCACCGCUCUCUGCCUGGUAGACAUCAGAGACAAAAUUUGUUUCGUGUCUAUUUUCGAAGAAAAAUUUAGUUCGCGUACUGAAUCUCGCCCAUCGCAGCACACUGAUCUCUAUUGGGACGGUCGACGAUCGACGGUAUGCUCUCGUUGCGUUUUCAAGAGUGUUGAUAUUUUCACUCACUGAAGCACGGCUUGUGCAAACGGGGAAAACACUUGAAUCAGCCCAGGUUCCGCUUGGUCCAAUUAGGAACGGAAGUUACUUGGCCCAGUGGCCUCAGCUGUUUGCUUGUGCGUACCCAAACAAAGGAGCUUCCUUGAAGUUGGUUCAAGGAAAUAAGCACAGUUUGUUUCGCCAUCAGCUGAGCGACGAGCCCUCCCUCUGUCUCGGUGUGGGUAGUGAAUGAGAAAAGAAGUUCGGCAACGGGCAUCGACAGCGGGGAAUGGAAGACGAGCUGGAAGAUAAGAUCCUCUAUCAAACAUUCUUCAAAUCGCACAUGAAGCUCCUGUCCAAGUUCGCAGUCGGCGUAUCGCCACUCAACAGUUCGGUCGGUUACGUGUGGAAAGUGAUGCGCGUCUACCUGCUUAAGCCGGAGGUUCUCAUAGCCGGUUUGUUGAUUUUCGUCUUUGUGCUCUAUCUUCAAGCGAGCGAAGUAUGGAGCCGAGGAUUCAUCGGGAAAAUCAGCAACAGCUUUGGGUUCACCAAGGGACCCCGGUCCGGCAAGUUGGCCCUGCUGGCAUCUGCGGCGGAGAAGCACAGCUGGGAGGACAAACGGGGUCACAGUGCGGUGUACGCCGUUCAGGGACGCCGGCCACGGAUGGAAGAUAGAUUCGUGAUUGACGAGAACAUCAACGACACCGGUAUAGCAAUGUUUGCCAUUUUCGAUGGCCACGGCGGAGAGUAUGCAGCCGAUUUCGCCAAGACGGUGCUGGUGCGGAAUUUAAAUUUAAAACUAACACAAUCAUCACAUAUCGCAUCGGGGAAGCCCGUGGAACCGUUGAGCGCUGUCGCUGCAGCUGAUACUGGCAAGGACGCCAAAGAUUGCGACAAGGACGACCAGCCAGAGGACGAAAUUAACGAACGACACAAGCUCCACUCGAGUCCAACGACCGGCAGCAGUUCCCUGACGCAGCGUAGACAGAGCUUUCGGAAAUCCAAGACUGAGGAUAUUGUAGACAAAUCUAGCGGCGGGGGGAAUGGUAACAACAAUGGCAACAGCAACAACGCGAACCAGCAGCUGGAGACGGAUCUGCUCAGCAAGUACAUGGGCAAUCAUUCGCCGAUGCGGCAGGUGACGAAGGAGAAUCUACUUAACGGGACGACGGGGCAGCAGCAGGCUAAACCGAAGCCCACAACGUACGAAGCCAAGUGCUACGUGUCGAAUGGAAGUAUUAACUUUGGCAAGAUCAUCACCGACGAGGUGCUGGCGGCCGAUUACGAUCUGGUGGAGAUGGCGAAAAAAGUCUCGAAUUUCGCCGGUACGACGGCUCUCAUUGCGGUAAUGCACCACACCAAGCUGAUCGUAGCGAACGUCGGCGACUCGCGGGGUGUGAUGUGCGACCACAAGGGCAAUGCAAUUCCGCUGUCGUUCGACCACAAGCCACAGCAGGUGCGGGAGCAGAAGCGGAUCGCCGACGCUGGAGGUUUCAUUUCGUUCAAGGGCGUCUGGCGGGUGGCUGGAAUCCUGGCCACCUCGCGAGCUAUGGGUGACUAUCCGCUCAAGGAGAAGAAUCUUGUGAUAGCCGAACCGGACAUUCUGUCGUUUGAUCUGGUGGAUCAUCGACCAAUGUUCCUGAUUCUGGCCACCGAUGGAUUGUGGGAUACCUUCACCAACGAGGAAGCCGUCGCGUACAUCCGGGAACGGUUGGACGAGCCACAUUUUGGUGCUAAAAGUAUCACCCUGCAGUCGUACAAUCGUGGCUCGGUGGACAACAUCACGGUGCUGGUGAUUGUCUUCAAAAACGGACGAUACCAAAUCGGUUCCUCCAAUGGGAACUGAAGCGAAUCCAAUGGUAGCUUUUACAUAACAUUGACCCACUUAUCGCUUUUUUUUUUGGGAGUCAACCGUGGAUUAAUCUUUUGAUUUUCUUCUACCUAUUUUUUUGGUACGGAGUUUUAUUGACUUGAUGAAGUGUGCCGUAUUAAGUUGAGUUGUACGAUCUCUCCCGGUCGCCCCGUAGAAGAAACAUGAUACUGUUCCCAGACGUUGAGAGACGUAAGGUGCAGCUAGCUGCCUAGGUUCGCUCCAGGACCAGCUAUACAUUUACGUUUAUGUUUGUUUGUGUUCUUUCACCAAUCAAAAGAUUCAUUUAGAUUUUAUAGUCUUAUAGCGUCCCAGUUAGUUAGUACACAAAGACACCCCUUAAAUGUUAAGAUCUGUUAGUAUGAAAAUGCCCACUCGCCUUCACUAAAAACUAAUCCUGCAAUUAAAUUACAUACUGCUGGCAGCUGUUUAUGUCCUUCAACAAAACAAAAAAAAGUACCGCAGUUUUAUAUUCGUUUCUAUUCAAAUUAAGUUUCGAAAUUGUAAUUAUGUUUAGCUGCUAGGUUAUUUUCGUUUCUGUACUCUUAAAAUAAGCUGAAUUGUGUUUCCGUCUAUUUCCGUUUCUGAAAAGUGUGCUUGUCGCUGCAAAAGGACACCCCCUUCUGUCGUAGCCUAUGAAAUGAGAGCUUUCAUACGCUAUCACUGUGCCUAAAGUAAAAAAAAAAAAAAAAACAAUCAGAUAAUAUUGCGGUUUGAAGAAUGGUGCCAAAAAUAAAUUUA